AUGACGGCUAUAUCAACUACUACGACCGACUCCAAAUCCUCGCAUACGGGCCCCAUGGCGCCAUACCAGCUCCAACAGCUCAAGAAGGGUCCAAAGGCCAACAUCGUAGUUGGCCCAGACGGCGAUCGAUAUAUCGCUCUCGAAAACGCCUCGACCAAUCUACUGGCAUAUUUCUCUCCUUAUGCGCAGAAGAAGCUGAUAGAAGAGCGCGGCACCAUCCUGUACAUUCCGAACGGGUCUAAGAACGCCCUUAUCUGGAUCUACAAAUAUAUGCAAGCUGGCCAGGCUGAUCCGGAACGUCUAGAGUCCUUCGCAGGUCUCACGUUCGACAAGUUGGUGUUGCUCUACCAGCAAUGCGCUUUCCUCGAUUACAAGUCACUGAUGGCACGGAUAAUCGGCCGCCUUAAGGGCAAGUUCUACGACUCGCUGCCGAGCGUGGACGAGAUCAAGCUGUUCGCAACGUCGGUUCCGCCCAUGCACGCCUUUUCCAUUGAUUGUCUCGCGAAAGAGAUGAUCAACCCUUGGACAUGCAACUAUACGCCCUACCUGGAGUUGGCACAGUUGGACCAGGCAUUUGGAAAGGCUUUGGAUCAGGCGAUGCAGGACACUCUGGCCGACCGAGUUAAGGUUGGCAAGCAAUAUUACCAGCGCACGACCAACCGUCAAGUGCUGUGGUCGAAGAAGUAUCUCGACAAGCGGUUCAACCUUGCGCCAUCUCGCACCCCUCCUACAGCCAAGAAGAUGGCGAAACAGGAUCAGUCGAAGAAGAAGCUCAAGGCGACGAAGCCUUUAGACUCGAAACCCCACGUCGACACCCGGGCUGGUGACACUCAAGGUACUAGAGACCUCCCGCAUACCUCAUCGGCUGCAGCACAGCAUGAGAAAGUCAAGUCUAAGAAGGUAUUCAAAUGCUUCAUAUGCAGCGGUGAGGGUCACCUUGCGCGUAACUGUACCGAGGAUGCGAAAAAUGCUGUCAUCGAGCCACCAGCGUCGGUCAACCGGGCUCUGCACGCCACAGCGAAGAAAGCUCACCCAACAGUGAUCUGCCACAACUGCAAUGGACAGGGUCACAUCGCCCGCAAUUGCACUGUAUCGAUUGCGCCCGAGCCUGCUGCUAGUGGGGCAUCCAAGAAGCAAAGGCGACCCACAUGCUUCCACUGCAGCGCCAAAGGUCAUGUUGCCCGGCACUGCACUAUGGGCAAUUCUCAGGAGAAGUCUUCCAGCGUAAACGGCGCUGAAGUCAUUCCAACUGAGGCAUCCACGACUCAAUUAUCAUCCCGCCGAUCCCAUACUCAGAAGAGCAUCACACCGGCCAACAUAUCUACCGGUACACGCCUUGCCCGCAGUUCAGCUAGCCCUAGCAAACACAUCCGCCGUACCCAGCGUAGUCACCAGGUCGAUCCCAUCGUCGUGGCAGGCAAUGGCGAGGGUCUACGCACUUGCGAUCGGGAGAUCCGAAGUGGGGAGAUGACGCGAACUGAACUCGUCAUUUAG